AUGCGGCACAGCAGCAACAGCAGCAGCAGCAACAGCAGCAGCAGCAGCAGCAACAGCAGCAGCAGCAGCAGCGAAACGUGCAGAAUAUCAGAUGGGCGAGAGAGAGACCCGCAGAGAAGCAACGGAAGCAGCCAGCAGCAGCAUGAGACACAGCAGCAGCAGCAGCACGAGAAACAGCAACAGCAGCACGAGAAGCAACAGCAGCAGCAGCGCGAGAAGCAGCAGCAGCAGCACGAGGAGCAGGAGCAGCAGCACCAGCCGCAGCACGAGAAGCAGCAGCAGCAGCACGAGAAGCAGCAGCAGGAGCAGCAGCACGCGAAGCAGCAAUAG